AUAUCUUACCGCAUCUACCCACCACUACCUCUUCAAAGAUGGCCAAUGAUUGGAACAAUGGUCUCUUCGGCUGCUUCAACGAUUGUGGAACCUGUUUGAUCACGUAUAUAGCUCCGUGUUAUACGUUCGGUAAGAACGCCGAGGCUGUGGGAGAUAGCUGUUUGCUAUGCGGGCUGGCUUUCUUUGUUCCAGUGGUCGAUCUUAUAGUGAUGUCCAGCGUCCGUGGCAAGAUUCGUGAACAGCAUGGCAUCAGCGGUUCGUUUAUUGGUGAUUGUGCUGCGACGAUCUGCUGCCCAUUUUGCUCUCUAGUUCAGUCUGCACAACAAGUCAAAGGAGCGCCCGGCUCGCAAUCUAUCGCUCGCUGCUAGAUGUAGUGGCAACAGAAACUUUUCACAGCUUCACUGGAUUUUUACUCAGCCUGAGCCCUCUAUUAUUGUCUUAUCCUUGGAAGAAAGAAAAUGGAGUGAUCUUGUACUCUGAGAAAUUAUUCUCCUGUGCAGAAGAACAAUUUUUACAGCGUCCAAGACUUCCGGUGUAGCCCUCCACCGUAGGACCUGAACAAAAUUUAAGAUGACUAAAUGAUUUUAUUUAGAUAUUAGCGUCAAAGUGCCCACCUAUGUUAUGUAUUAUAAAUGUAACAACGGAGGAGUUUAGAAACCGUAUCUCCCUUUGGGUUUUGUGUGUGGGGGGGAAAUUAUCUUGCGGGUGGCUGUCAUAUCGGCACACAUUUGGGACGAAAAAGAAAAAGGUUAAUCACAAGCAACAACAACAACAAUCAAGCAGUUGCGUUCUUGGGCUGGCUAGCAUUGCUUUCUUCCCGUUUGUUUCUCACAGUUCAUUUUGUUAUUUUUUAUGGUAAUCCAAUAUUUAUUACCAUAGGAAAAGAAAAGCACUCCAAAAUAAAAAAAGUAAUGCGCUUGUUGAUUAACUUAUCGAAUUCAAAACCAGAACAUAAAACCUGAAUAACUCGAACACAAAACCCGGAUAACUCGAAUACAAAACCCGGAUAAUUCGAAUACAAAUCCAUCCUCGAGGACCCAGGGCGUGGCGGAGAUCGGGGACGCAGGAAGGAUGACACAAACCCCUGAUCACUCGAACACAAAACCCGGAUAACUCGAACACAGAAUUCGGAUCACCCGAACACAAAACCCGGAUAACUCGAACACGAAACCCGGUUAACUCGAACACAAAACCCGAAUAACUCGAAUACAAAACCCGGAUAACUCGAACACAUACUCCUUAAUUAGUUUAUUACAGUAACUGCUUAAUCUGUGAAUAAUGAUAAGAAAGCAAGUUUACAAAUACAUUAAAUAAUAAUAAAUUUACCUGGAGUGACGUCUCCAACAUAACCAUCUGCGUUAGCUAUCAUCGACAGAAUAUUCCUCGACAUGAUUGCAGCUGCACUCUUGCAUUAGAGUCAAGCAAAAGAGUAUGGUAGUAUGGCCGCGCUUUGAAAGUCGGCAACACAGCGUAUAUCCCUCGCAGCUGUCCUGUAAACUUGCUUUCUUUGCUUUCUUAUCAUUAUUCACAGAUUAAGCGGUUACUGUAAUAAACUAAUUAAGGAGUAUGCAAUUUUCAGGAAUGUGUACUGCGUUUGUAUAAAUGAUAAAGAAAGGGAAGUCUUCUAUCAUUAUUGCGUACAUAUCCAAAGACUUUGGUCUGGAGUGGAGAUGCAGUUGUAGAAGAAAGCCAAUGUAAUUUUGAUUGAUUUGUGUAUUAUUUAUUUGUGUAUUAUUUCUGUAUUAUAUAGAUAAUUUUUUUCUCUCCAAACCUGACAUAUUGCAGAACGGGAGCAUUACACCAUAGUCUUUUGAUAAUUAUAAGAUCAAUUAUUUGCUGAGUUUGAUCGCUAAUAUGUCUUAAAAACUAUAGGAUUCCAUUUGUAAAAACAUUAUAAGCUAUAGCCUUAUUAAAAUUACACGUUAAUAGUUGUUGUGUUUGAUAUCAUCUUGCAAUAACAAUUAUCCUCAACAUAACUUUAAGAAGACACCCGAAUUUCUGAAAAUUGCCUGGGAUGUGAAUUUAUGUUAUUAUAGUUGGUGCAAUCAUAUAGUGCAAUCAAAAUAUCAAAUAAGCCCCACCCCCCCCCCCCC